AUGGACUGCAAACAGGCCCUUGAAGACAAUGAUAACGACAUGAACAAAGCCUCUGAUGCCCUGCGUCAAAAAGGCUUUGCCCGAGCCGCCCGGCGCGCCGACCGGGAAACCACCGAGGGAGUCAUUGAGGCCUACAUCCACACCGGCGGUAGGGUGGGUGCUCUGGUCGAACUGGGUUGCGAGACCGACUUCGUGGCCCGAAACGAAGAAUUCAAGCAGGUGGCCCACGACAUUGCCAUGCAGGUGGCGGCCAUGGGCCCCGUUUACAUCAGCAACGAAGAAAUCGAGGAGGGCGACGGCCGCUCUGCCAGCGAAGUUUGUCUGCUCCAGCAGACCUUCAUCAAGGACAGCUCCAAGGUAGUGUCCGAUAUUGUGCAGGAACUGGCCGCCAAGGUCGGCGAGAACGUCCGGGUUGUCCGGUUCAGCCGUCUGGCCCUAGAGGAAUAA